AUCUGGUCGUCAAGGGUACAGGAGGCAGGCUCCGUUACCCGCUGAGUCAUCUCACUAGCUCCUUCAACAUUUAUUUAUUUAUUUUUUACGUUUUACAAAGAAAAAAAAAAAUUGUUUCCCCAAUGCCAGGCAAACCUAGUGAGGAGAAUGAAGAGUGAAGGAAUGAAUGAAUGAACGGUCAGAAGAGCGCGCUCCAUAAGGUAAAGGAUCCAGUCUGGAGAUCCCAGGGCGGAGCUUAGGCGGGCACUGCGCAGUUACCACUCCCGGACUCCACCUUGCAGUCUCGGGGUGCGUGGCCGGCUCUAUCCUCACGCCCUCGCCCGGAGCGGCCGCCCUCGGCGCGUUGCGGACGGAAGGGUCGCCGGCCGGGGCGCACGCCCACCUGUCGCGCGCAGGCGCAGAACGUCGCCUGGCUCUCCCGCGGCGCGGUCAGUGCGCAGGCGCGGCGGCCGAUGCGAGUGUGUCUGUGCGGCGAGAAGAUGGCGGCGACGGGAGACGCGGCGUGAGAAGCCGGAGCAGCGCCGAACCUCAUUGAGACGGGCCGCCAUGGCCCUCCACAACCCACAGUAUAUUUUUGGCGAUUUCAGCCCUGAUGAAUUCAAUCAGUUUUUUGUGACUCCCCGCUCUUCAGUUGAGCUCCCUCCAUAUAGUGGGACUCUGUGUAGCAUACAGGCUGAAGAAGAACUGCCAGACGCAGGACAAGAACAUCAGAGGAUCGAGUUUGGUGUGGACGAAGUCAUCGAACCUAGUGAUGGUCUGCCGAGAGCCCCUAGCUACAGUAUUUCAAGUACCUUGAACCCUCAGGCACCUGAAUUUAUCCUUGGUUGUACGACUUCCAAAAAGACCCCUGAUGCCAUAGAAAAAGAGGAGACCUGCAGCCCUGUGGACCAGUUCCCAGCCUCAGCUUUGGCCCUGGAAAACAAUUCUAAUGCAGAGGCUGAGGCCCUGGAGAACGACAGUGGCACUGGCAGUCUUGGUCAGAGGGAGCGGAAAAAGAAGAAGAAGCGGCCCCCUGGGUACUACAGUUAUCUGAAAGACGGUAAUGAGGAGAGUGCUUCCCCAGCUGCCCUGGUCAAUGGCCAUGCUACUUCCAUGGGUAUGAACAGUGAGGGUGUGGAGGACGCUGAGUUCGCGGUGGACGUGCUUCCUUCAGUCAUGCCCAGGACUUGUGACAGCCCUCAGAAUCCCAUGGACUUCAUCAGCGACCCUGUUCCUGAUAGUCCUUUCCCCAGGACACUAGGCGGUGAUGCCAGGACUGCAGGGCUGCAUGAGGGCUGCCAUGAAGCUGACUUUGAGCAGCCCUGCCUCCCUGCAGACAGCCUGCUAAGGACAGCUGUGACCCAGCCCUACGCUGGCACUGAUACUACUGAGAACCUUGCAGUUGCUAAUGGAAAAAUACUUGAAUCCUCGGGCGAGGACACUGCUGCCAAUGGGGUAGAGCUGCACACUGACGAGGGCGCAGACCUGGACCCUGCGAAGCCCGAGAGCCAGUCACCUCCUGCCGAAAGUGCGCUCUCUGCCUCUGGCGCCAUUCCCAUUAGCCAGCCUGCAAAGUCCUGGGCUAGCCUCUUUCAUGAUUCUAAGCCCUCUUCCUCCUCACCUAUGGCUUAUGUGGAAACUAAGUGUUCCCCCCCUGUCCCGUCCCCCCUGGCCUCUGAAAAACAGAUGGAAGUCAAAGAAGGGCUUGUUCCAGUAUCAGAGGAUCCUGUAGCCAUAAAGAUUGCAGAGUUAUUGGAGACUGUAACCCUAAUACAUAAGCCAGUGUCAUUGCAACCCCGUGGGCUGAUCAAUAAAGGAAACUGGUGCUACAUUAAUGCCACCCUGCAGGCAUUGGUGGCUUGCCCUCCGAUGUAUCACCUGAUGAAGUUCAUUCCUCUGUACUCAAAAGUGCAAAGGCCUUGCACGUCAACGCCCAUGAUAGAUAGCUUUGUUCGGCUCAUGAAUGAGUUUACUAAUAUGCCAGUACCUCCGAAACCCCGCCAAGCUCUCGGGGAUAAGAUCGUCAGAGAUAUCCGCCCAGGAGCUGCCUUUGAGCCCACUUACAUCUACAGACUCCUGACAGUCAUCAAGUCGAGCCUGUCUGAAAAGGGCCGACAGGAAGACGCCGAGGAGUACCUAGGUUUCAUCCUCAAUGGCCUCCAUGAGGAGAUGCUGAGUCUGAAGAAGCUGCUCUCACCCACACAUGAAAAGCACUCUGUUUCCAACGGGCCCGGAAGCCACCUGAUAGAGGACGAGGAGCUGGAAGACAUGGGCGAGGGCAGUGAGGACGAGUGGGAGCAAGUGGGUCCCAAGAACAAGACGUCCGUCACCCGGCAGGCGGAUUUCGUCCAGACACCUAUCACUGGCAUUUUCGGUGGACACAUCAGGUCUGUGGUUUACCAGCAGAGUUCCAAGGAGUCUGCCACCCUGCAGCCGUUCUUCACACUGCAAUUGGAUAUCCAGUCUGACAAGAUCCGCACAGUCCAGGACGCGCUGGAGAGCCUGGUGGCCAGAGAGUCUGUCCAAGGUUACACCACCAAAACCAAGCAGGAGGUUGAAGUCAGCCGCAGAGUGACUCUGGAGAAGCUUCCCCCUGUCCUCGUGCUCCACCUGAAGCGCUUCGUCUAUGAGAAGACAGGCGGAUGCCAGAAGCUGGUCAAGAACAUUGACUACCCCGUGGACUUGGAGAUCAGCAGAGAACUACUCUCUCCAGGCGUCAAAAAUAAAAAUUUUAAAUGCCACAGAACCUAUAGGCUGUUCGCAGUGGUCUACCAUCAUGGUAACAGUGCCACAGGCGGCCACUACACUACGGACGUCUUCCAGAUUGGGCUCAACGGCUGGCUGCGAAUUGAUGACCAAACGGUCAAGGUUAUUAACCAGUACCAGGUGGUGAAGCCGACUGCUGACCGCACAGCCUACCUCCUGUAUUACCGCCGUGUGGACCUGCUGUAACCGUGCCCGUGUGCCUGUGUGUGCCUGACGCUGCUUCCUACAACUCCCAACUCACUCACUACCCACCUCUCUAGUGGCUCUGUAGAGAGACUCUCCCUCUGUGCCAGUGGCCUGGAUGAAGAUGCCUGGGGUCUGCACAGUGCAGCUCAUGCUGACUCUGACUUCAGAGACUGGACUGAUGACCGAGUGAGGAGACACGAGCCACCGCUUCUGAAGAGCCGCUGGCUCCUGAGCGGAGGCGGCGCCUACGCUGUGUCCCCGUCUGAUCUCGUAGUGGAAUGCGUCCUGCACCAGCAGCUCUUGUAAAUUUGUGAAAAUGAAUUUUAUCUUUCCUUAAAAAAAAUAAUUUUUUUAAUUCAUCACAGUUUCCUCCUUUACCCUUUAGUUUUUGAUAAAUGACAAAAACGAGCCAGUUAUCAGAGAGGAGGUAGCUCUUACUUCAAAAGGAAAUAAAUAAAAAAAAAAAUGUUGCUGGUUCCUAACAGGAAAUGCAGUUUAACGAUUGUGAAAGGGAAACUGCUGACGUAGACACCGCAGGUCAGACGUGUGGGUAGACGUCGGGCUACAGAGGUAGGUGAGUGUAACUUUAUCACCAUGAGAAGAUUGCAGAUUGCAUCCAUGCUGUGUACACAUGAACGGUGGGCAAAAUGCUGAAGACUGACAUUUCCCAGUGUCUGCUGUGUAAUCUCCUGCCACGCCUCUGAUGCCGUGUCCCUCAUGUACACAGGGUAGUGAUUCCUAGGAGUAUAAAGUUGUCACCCGUCAAUAAAGAUCACAAAGUUGGUUUAAA